UAUCAAUUUUUUAUUUUCUCUAUUGUUUCAUUUUUCUCUCUUCAUGGAUUCUCAAACUGAUGAAAGCCUUGGGUCAACUUCUGGUCAAGAGAAUGGGAAAAAACCGGUUUAUCAAUAUUCGUUUGAACAAGUAACCGAGAAACUAGAAGAGGUGUUUAAUCAGAUGCAAAACCCAGAAAGUCGUGUGAUAGAACAAUUGAGUGAGGAUUUAGGGCUUGAUACAACACAAGUCAAAAUGUGGUUUGAUAACAAACGAUGCCACAUACAGAUUGCGAUGAUAUCCAAUGUGAUUGAUCGUUUUGAAGAAGACCCUGAAGGGUACUUGUUCUUACUCCAACAAGAUUAUCUGCAUAACUACAAUGAUCCAAAUGGCCUAGAUUUGGAGCUUCGAUUGGAAUGUUACAAUGAUCCAAAUGGCCCCGAUUUGGAGCUCAGGUUGGGAUGACGUCAUCGCAAUUGGAUUGGAACUAACUGAUGGCUAUUUGAUCAUUGAAAAGUGAAUGAUGAAAGGGCUAAGUGGUAUUCAACUAGUUUUAUUAGUAUUCUCUCAAGUAUAAUCAAGCAAUUGUUGUGGGUUUCAAUUAUCAUUUUCUUCAUGUAUUUAUUUUAUGUUAUGUUGGA